CCGUUAACACGUACAUGAACAAUGUACUGGUUGAUGAGCACCGCAGGGCUAUUGUCCCUCAUUUUGUUCACUGCUUACGGACAGGGGUAUUUGCCCUAUACCUAUGAUUCCGAUUUUCUGGAUAUGGAUCCAGACUCCAUUCUGGAAGAGAAUGCGGAGAUUACUGCUAAUGCAACUUGUGGUGAACACAGACGGGAAUACUACUGCCGCCUGGUAGAACACGCCGAUGGAGCUUUGAUCUACAAACGCCUGGAGCGCGACAGACGUCAGGUGAUGACGUAUUUCCAGCAGCAACCAAGAUCUUACCGGGAUCCAAGCGGACAGUGGGUUCAAUGCAGCUUUUGUGACGCACGCAAUGAAUCUCUACGUCAUCCGAUUGAGUUUGUCCGCAGUGGUGAACCCCAUUUGUGGUGGCAAAGUCCUUCCUUGGCCGAGGGCCUCAAGUACCACGCUGUGUACCAAAUUGUGUAUGUUCUGCUCCGGAUGGGUGACAGUCCGAGACCAGCCAACUGGAUUUUGGAACGUUCUCUGGAUGGCCAAAAUUAUAAGCCGUGGGUGUUUUUUGCGGAAAGUGAGUAUGACUGCAAACGACUGUACGAACCAUUGUUGGAAGGAGCACUGACGGUAACCAGUGGUCCAAGGCCUUGGAAGUUGGAAGAUGAUGAAGUUUACUGUACUACGUACUACAGCCAGCCGCAAGCUCUGCAAUCUGGUGAAAUUAUUGUUACUCUGUCACUCGACCGGGCUUCCACAAUUUCGACAACACUGGGACUUGAACGUGCUGUUUCACCGAAACUGAUUGAUUUUUUGUCUGCCCGCUAUGUACGGCUACGGUUUCAAAAGCUGCAGACACUUUCUGGAGAUUGGAUGGCCAUGCCGAAUCAACUGGACAGCUCAGUUUACAACCGCUACUACUAUUCUAUUCGGACCAUCAAAGUUGGUGGAAAAUGCAUUUGUAACAGCCAUGCAAAUCGUUGUGAACAGCGAGUAGUAGACGGAGUCCCUAGGGCGGUAUGUGUUUGUCAACACAACACUUGUGGCACCAACUGUGAGACAUGCUGUCCAAUGUUCAACCAACAACCCUGGCGCCCAGGAAGAGUCUGUGAAGAGUGUAACUGUCACGGAAAAGCAGACAGCUGUGUGUUCAACCAAACGGUGGCCAACCUGCGUCUGAGUCAGCGAAAGGAUGGUGUAUUUGAAGGAGGUGGAGUAUGCGUCGACUGUCGCGAGGACACGACCGGAAUCAACUGUGAGAGCUGCAAACCCGGGUACUACCGACCUCUUCACGUGCGCCCGGAUUCCCCCCACCCUUGUGUGAAAUGUGAGUGCGACACGGCAGGUUCAACUGGAGUUUGUGUUUCGAACGAACGCGAAAUUCCCAAUCGGUACCCAGGUGAUUGUAUCUGUAAGGAGGGCUUCGCAGGGAAGCGGUGUGACCAAUGUGCGGAAGGUUACCGUCGUUCAGACAUGGAUCCGUCCAAAUGUGUGCCAUGCACAUGUGAUGUUCGUGGAAGCUCUCGAGGUGGGAGCUACCGAUGCGAACCCCCGUGCAACUGCAAGGUUAACGUGAACCCGGAUUCAUACUGUCGAGAGUGUCAACCUGGCUACUUCAAUCUGGAUGCGGAGAACCCAGAAGGUUGUCAACCGUGUUACUGUUCUGGUUUGACGGAUAAGUGCGAUGGAAUCAGCCCGAUAACUGCAUUGACUCUUGAACAAAACGGGCUUCUUGGUGCCGUCUCAACGCUCAAUGGCUGGUCCAUUUUGUUUCCCGGCACUUCAACGGACAGUGGGUAUCUAGUAUCCUACCGGGACGAUAAUGGUGGUGAAGGUGAAAGCAGUUUCUUGUUAGCCGAUGUUCGUAUUGUCGAGUCUUGGCUCAGUGCCGCCAGUUUACGUCCUAUAGACAGAGGUUACUACUGGUCGGCCCCGACAGACUACCUGGGCAAGCAGCUGACCGCCUAUCGAAGUCAGCUGACAGUGAUUUUGCGGUUCAACUCACCAACAAUGCAGGCUUUUGGCGUCAGCUAUUCCUCUGAUACAUCAAGAAGGAUAAGCACUAGUUCGUUGGCAAUCAGAGAUCAGUUAGAUGCCAUGUGGCUCAGUGAACCAGAUAUUGUGCUAGAGGGCAAUGGGUAUCGUUUGGCGUAUAUGCUUCCUCCAGAUUAUCGAGCCAAUCAUUUGAUCAUUGAGAUACCUCUGAGUGAGUCCUCCUUCAGAGUGCUUGUGGAACCGCCUUCCUCCGUGCCUUUGGACCGUAUUCCAAUUGAUCUUUCUCAGGGAAGCCUGGCAAGCAGCAGGAUAGCUCCUUACGGUGGAAGCAAUGGAAUUCAGCUGCCCGGACGACCAGCUACCAUUGCAGAUAUGGUCGCAGUCUUGUCUAAGUUGGACAGGUUCUUGAUUAAAGUGAAGUAUAUAAGCGACCAAGCCACGAUUGAAUUACGCCAAGUUAAACUUGAGAGGGCGGAGCGUGACCCAGACGGCCGAAUUCCCAGUCUCGAAGAGUGCAUCUGUCCAGUUGGUCACACCGGAACUUCGUGCGAAUCUUGUGCGUUUGGGUACUGGCGUUCACAGGACGUGAACGUCACAACGGAACAACCUACAAUACUGGGAAUGUGGCGCGGCCAAGUUGAAAAAUGCGUGCCUUGUGAAUGCCAUGGUCAUUCGGCUCACUGUGACGAACGGACGGGUAAAUGCACAGACUGCCAACACAACACAGCUGGAGAUAAAUGUGAGCUAUGUGCGCCAGGCUUCUACGGGGAUCCAAAGUCUGGAAGUCCAACGGCUUGUCAACCAUGUGAAUGUCCCAAUCUGGCCAAUAAGAAGACAGAUUCAUGUGUAGCCAACGAACAAUCGCCUCCGACAGAUCUUCGACCUUAUUUGUGUUUGGACUGUGAAGAUUUCACUCGGGGGCGUUAUUGCGAGCUGUGCAUUGAAGGCUACUAUGGGCAACCAGAGAAGGGGAUUCCGUGCAGAAAAUGUGACUGCGGUCGUGGGGCGGUUGGUUGCAACGGUACAACUGGACUGUGUAUUUGUGGGUUCAACACGGCCGGACCUCGCUGUGAUGCAUGUGCCGAAGGUACACACGGAGACCCGCUCCUAGGACAGGCUUGUAGACCCUGCAACUGUCAUGAGAUGGGAAGUGUGUCUCCAACCUGUCGACUUGGUGAUGGUCAGUGUACUUGCCGUCCUGGCUAUGAAGGUGUGCGUUGUGAUCGCUGUGUGGCUGGUCGUGGCAAUGUGGACGCAGGAUGUCCUCCAUGUCAGUGUAGCCCGCUUGGUACGCAACAGAAUGUUCGACCUCCGUGUGAUCAGGUGACCGGGCAAUGUGUAUGCAAACAUGGAUUCGGUGGCACACUGGAUUGCUCUAAGUGUGCUCCUGGAUACUACAGUCUUGGUCCGGAUACAUGUACAGAGUGUAUGUGUUCUAGCCGUGCUAUCGAUCGAGUUUGUGAUCCUGAGGAUGGACGUUGUAAGUGUGGGGAAAACGUAGUGGGAAUCACCUGCGACAAAUGUAAAGCUGGAUACUUCUGGAAUGUGACCGGUCCCAACUGUCUGGCCUGUGACUGUGGGAUCGGUACGAUUGUUGACGGGACGGUGGGUGGAGCAGUGGGUUGCGAUAUGCAGACCGGUCAGUGCCGGUGUGCACCACAUGUGACAGGACGCCAGUGUACCGAAUGUGAACCAGGCUAUUUCGGCGUGUCCGCAAAGGGAUGCCAGCCGUGCCCGUCAUGUCCAAACGGUCAGCUCUGUGAUCAAAUAACUGGCAAAUGUAUUUGCCCACCAAACACACAGGGUGAUAGAUGUGAGGAAUGCACCAAAGGAUCAUGGGACUACAAUCCAGUGACCGGUUGCAAAGAUUGCAACUGUUCCGAAGUGGGUUCGGUAUCUGGCGCAGACACUACUUGUGACUUGGUUAGUGGGAAGUGUUCCUGUAAGCGGGGCUAUACAGGACGAGCCUGUGAUCAGUGUGAUGCUGGUUAUUACGGAUACCCUAACUGUCGUCCAUGUGAAUGUGACCCUGCUGGAAGCUUACGGCCAAACGGGACGGAAUCUACCAUUACUUUGUGCAAUCCAACUGACGGGAGUUGCUUCUGCAAGGCGAAUGUUCAGGGUGACCGGUGUGACGAAUGUAAACCAGGAACAUUUGGACUCAAUAUAGACUACCCUUUAGGGUGUUACACCUGUUUCUGCUUCCCAUCGAAUCAGAAACCCAAAUGUAGCCUGCUUACCGGUUUUCGAUCAUCCCGCGGAAGGGAGAAAGGCGUUGAGAUUAUCGCCUCCGAUCACUCAAGCACCCCAGGCGGGGCGUUGAUUCAGUUGGAUAUUGGAUUGAAAGAUCGCGGCCACAAUGAUCUGACUGUUGGCGUGAGUCAGUUCAACUGGCGCUUCUCGGAUCAUCGACCAACAUUUUUGGAGAUCCCGGAACUUAAAGGCCCACUGACCCGAAACUAUGGAAGUGUGGUGAUUGAACUGUUAACUGAAUGCCUUCCCAUGGGUGAUUGUCACUUGAAUCCACCGGAUGAACCUAGUGGUUUUGUGGUCAAUGGUGGUGCUGGUGUUGGACCCAACACUGAUGUAGCUGGCAGUCUCAUCGUUCGUCAUCCCUAUCGAGUGGAUGCAAAAAUGGUCGCUUUCGGUGGACGAGUACAACUGGAAUAUCAGCCUUCUGAUGAUGCUCCCAGCGCCAUACAAGAUGGCUAUCGACAAAUCUGGUUACGGGAAUCCGACUGGGUCUUGACACGUGUUGUCGAUGUUGAUACUCGCGUUCGACCAAGUCGUAAUGAGCUCAUGUUGGCUUUGAUGAAUGUUACUUCGUUCAGUGUGCGGCUUUUCAUGCCUGAAGCCAGGCCCAAACUUGUCACUGUCAAGUACCGAAUCUACCAAGCGAUGAGCGAAAUGAAAACUAGCGUCGGAACACCGAUUCGUUCAAUUGAGAAGUGCGAAUGUCCUUCGACAUCUUCAGGGGACCAUUGUGAAAUCGCUUCCUCUGGUUUCUACUUUCCACCACUGAUUCCGAAACCUGGCACUAGCCUUCUACCUCCGGACCCCAGUGCACCGGCUAUUCGUGACUCGCAGAAUAUCCAGUGGACCGGCGGUGUGGAGAAAUGUCGUUGCCAUGGCAUGUCGUCUCACUGUGAUCCAGUCACGGGGGUUUGUCAAGCCUGCACAGGCAACACCGUUGGGCCUGAUUGUGGUCAGUGUGCUGAGGGAUAUUUCGGUGAUCCCAAAAAAGGUCAAACCUGUGUCAAAUGUCAGUGCCCGACAGAACAAACCGACUAUGCCAUUACGUGUACACCAUUUCAAGAUCGUCCAUAUGUGGCCCACCAAUGUGUAUGCAAACCGGGCUACACGGGGCCACGUUGCGAACGCUGUGCACCGGGUUACUUCGGUGACCCGCUUAGUAUGAUAGCUUGUCAGCCUUGUGAAUGUGACCUUUCUGGUUCGAAAAGUGCAAAUUGUGACCAACGUACAGGUGCCUGUGACUGUUGGCCCGGAAUUCAAGGACGUCGAUGUGAUCAGUGUGAACCGGACCAUGUGGUUGAUGCUGGCCGAUGUCGCGACUGUCGUGGACCGUGUACCGGCGAGCUUCUCAUCAAGGCGGACGAGGUGAAAGCUCAAAUUGACAAUUUGAACAUGACGUCUCUUGCGUACCAGGGUCUAGCACGUCUCAGGCAACAGGCCGAAGGAGCUCGUAAAAGAUUUAGUAAGGAACGAGCUACAAAAGAACAGGAGCUUGUCAAGCAUGCACAUAGUGUGGCCAAACAAACUGGAGAAAUUCGAGCGCUCGCCGACCGUGUGAUGGCUACACGCAAUGCAAUAGAAGUAGCCCGCUGUUCAUCCACAGAGAACGUCACACAACUACAGAAGACAGCCCAACGCUUUGAGCACCGUGUGAGAGAGUGGAUUCAACGAAUUGAAGAGCUGUCCGUGGAAAUGCCUGAUGAGCGUGUUUUGCAGCGGUGGCUGGAACAAGCAAGAAAAGUCAACACUGACUUGUCAAACAUCAAUCUGGAUAGCACCCAGGAGUGGCUGGACAAACUCAUGGAUGAGAUAAACGAAGUGAUUAGUUCAGCAGAACAGUUGUCAAAGUUGGAUAAAUACAGUAAAACAACCGCAGACCUUGAGCGACUUACAGCCUAUCAGUCUCAACAAGUCAAGUUGCAUGACGCGCAAAUCAAGCUGAUGUAUGAGAUUAGCAAUUCAACUGCCCGAGGAAAUGUGCGAUUAAACGCUGCUCAAGAAAAAAGCGACGCACUCAAAAAAGCUGCCACUGAGGCUGCUGAAUUGAACGUGAUUCAAGCAUUCCAGGAGAGUCUCGAAAAGCUCCAAGAGCAGAUAGAUCAGAUAGCGACAAUACCACCAGAAGAACUUCAGUCCCGCUUGGAUGAAGCCAAAGCUGCAUUAAAGUACAUCACUGGCAUCGAUUUGGCCGAUCUGGAUGGCAUUUACGUGCCGUCAAACCUGCUCAGUGGUGUAGUCGAACCGUUGGAGCGUGAAUCAGAACGCAUCUUAUCCACACUACGCUACUCGACCAAAAUCAAUCAAACCAUUGUUGCCCUGGAAGCAUACGAAUCUAUUGCAAACAAUAUGAAAAAGGCGGAGGAAGCGACAAUAAAAGCUGAAGAAGCUUUACAGGAAUCGACCGGUCCAGAGUCUUGGCAGGAAAGACGUGAAAAAAUUCAGUUGAUCGGGAAAAAAUUGGCAGAGGCUAUGGAGGCUCAAGAAGCUACAGUCAACAGUCGGAAUGAGACUUUAAAGGAGGUGAUGAAGCAAGUGGAUAGUUCAAAGAUGGAGUUGGACGAGGUGCAAAAAACGGCAGAUAAGACAUUAUCUGACGCAAAAUCGGCCAUAAAAAAUGUCCAGUCGGUCAAACAAUUGCUUGCCAGUACAGAUCCGCUGACAAAGAACAUAUCGGCUUUGGUUGAACAACAAGGCAGUCUAAUGAAUCGAUUGCAGAGCAGACUCAAAUCGGCAGAGAACCGAUACGCCAAGUUGCAAGGAACCGCCCAGUCGGCAGUUGACCAGGCUAACGGCACACAAACUUCUCUGGUCAAAGCUAUUACUGAGGCAGAGGAAUCAAUCAAGCAAUUGGACUCGAAACUUACUCAUUUACGUCGAUUAGCCGAUGAAGCCAGGUCCAUGCUGGACGUCAAUUACGGUGCUCUGGCUCAAGAUCCUGUGCCAAUAUCCUUGGAUCGUGAUUGUGUCUAUUCACUGGUUCCAUACUCUUUGACCAAAUCUCGCAUCUUUGACAUAGAGUUUUGGUUCCGCCUCCACGGUUCAAGUUCGGAAACUGACGGCGUUAUGAUGGUCGGCCGCCGUGCAUUCAUUGGUCACACGCAAAUGUUUGCAUUCACACUAGAAUCGGCGGGCAAAACGUUGCGGUUUUCUUGGAAUAUUCCAAACGGUAAGCUGGAACUGGAUUCGAUCAGAGAAGAGAUUUGGUAUCAGGUACGAGUGACUUCAAUGUGGGGUGAAACAAAAAUGAUGUUACUCGAACGACCUGAUGAGGGAUCACAAAAACCCCAGUACCGAGAGGUUGCCACAAAUGCCAGUGCAAACUAUCCAGAGUCAGCUCUGAUGCUCGACAGACAGAUGGAGAUUCGUAUAGGAGGAGCAAAUCCAUCUCAGUCUCGGUUGCUGAACCCAGAAGCUUGGGGGGACAAUGGAGCCGAGGUAUUCUGGACACGUCUUCUGUCCUUGGACUCUACACAGUUUUGCAUCUUCAACUUACGUAUUGGAGCCACAGCGGUCGGUCUUGUGGACCUGGCAGCGGCAAGCAGCGGUUGCCAACAACCUUCGCGAAUGGUGUGUCAGAUCUCCAACUACCGCCCCAUAGUGCGAGAUGGUCACAUCUGGCGUACCCAGGGCAAAAUGGAUAACGUUACGGCAACCCCCCGUUCACCUCGCAGGAGUCCACCAAACUUUGUACUCCAGCGUAUGUUCUUCUAUGACUUUGCCGGAGCUGGCGGAUAUGCGCGGAUACAAGGUUUCAAAGAUCUCAAAUUCUGUGAAGACCGCCUCCAAUUCCAAGUGACUCCACUUCAACGGGCGCAGCAGAACAAGAUGAUGGUUUUUACGUUCUUCAAUUUUGACAAGGAUUAUGGAGUUACGGUGACUCUAGUGAACGGACAGCCAAAGGCGACUCGUUGGACUGGUGGACAGCUUUACCGUUCCCCACACAAGGCCGAAAUGGCAGACAUGACUGAGAUGUUCCGGCGCAGAGUGCUGCGCAAAUCUCAGACAUAUAAGCCUCGUUUGCGUCGUCAGCUGGUAGGUGGAGCUAGCGAGGAGAAGCGCGAGGUGUCAAUCACGCAGUCAGAACUGACAGUUCGUCUCUGGCGUCUGAAUGAAUUUCUAACCACUGACUGCAACGAUGACGUGAUAUUGUUCGUCGGCGGAAUACCACCUGGCUAUUACGCAAUGAGAAGACGAAUGCUUGAACUCGGACUGACUCUGACACCAUUUGCUGGGCGAAUCGGGCUAACGAAUGAUAAACCAAGUCAAGAUGGUGGGCUAUUCUUGGAAGAGUACACAAGCACACCUCUUUCUCAGUUUGGAGACACACAGUUUACUGACCUGACUCAACGCCGAGAAGCCAUGAGUUUGUCCAACGUUGCACCAGAUUCGCAAUACUGCCUGCGGCUGACACCCGAAUGGGUUCAGACAGGCAAGCCGGAUGUCAAAGAACUUCUUCGUUUGAAUGAGAAAGUCUUAGGUUCACCCUGGGAGCCAGGGAUCAGCAUGACCGUGCGAUUCAAUCCUCUGCUAAUUCCAACCGAGAAUAUCUACCUUCUGCGUCUCCAACUGGAAAAUGUGUUGUGGUUCAGCAUAUGGCUAACGCCCGACUAUCGUCUUGGAAUUGGCAUUCCUGAUUUUGACGACAAGCUGAUCACUGAGGAGUCACUACGUUACCGACCUGUACAAGAUCCUGCAUUCGGUCUCCGGGAGCUAGAAUUAACAGAUGCUCGAGCUGUGAAUGCAUCACUACCCACGUGGAAGGAAUCUUUUGAACAAUUUGUUGGUGUUCCAAUGGAUUUAACUUUAGCCGAAACGGAAGUUUCCAUUGCACUGCAUUUCAACGGAGCUGAUUCUGAACAGCUUGAUGUUCUUUUUGAUCAGCGCGUGGUUCAAAGCUGGACCAUUCCAGCACAGUCACAAAGAGGUCCUAUACGACUGGCCCUCGUAGGUCCUACAAACAAGUAUCCAAUCACAAUCAGCUAUCUCACCAUCGGACGUCAUUUGGUUGACUUUGCUGUGGAACUGCAUACUGAUGGGAACAUUCCCGGAGUCCAGGUCGGCUCCUGUGUUGGUCAGCUCUACCCUCGUUUCGUCGAGCGCGCUGUUCCGUUGGGGCCUGUGUGGAUUGAACAGGGUCUGGAUUUGGCAUCGCCACCGGGUGGUCGAAGACUUCGUCUGGUCGCACUUCAACCAGAUAAUUUCAAAAUCCCCGUCUCCACAACACUUCCUACGGUGAAACCUUCUGACACACGUCUACGAAGGGAAGAGGAUUGCACGGUAAAUCCGUCUCAGACAGCAUGGUUUGACCAGGGGUCGCAAUCCUACUGGGAGUUGACAGAUUUGCGAACUCGUGUGAAGAGCACUGACCAGCCUUUUGAGUUCACCAUAGGAUUCCGAGCUCAAUUGAGUCAGGGGACGCGUGAAUUACAGGGUGGAGAUUUUGGACAGGUGGAACACAGUAUUUUGGCCGCUUUCAACUUCGGACCAGAACGCGUGAAUCUCUAUCUGCUCGUAUCGGAGAGUCAAAUUUUCCUGACCGACACGACUCGCCUUCUCUGGUCCAGUCCACAUUUGACAAUUGCCGAUGCGAAUUGGCACAGACUUCAGCUGACAAUUCCCAAAAACGGUGAUAUCCGAAACGGAAUCGGGUCGGGAAUCUACAUUGUGUUUGAUGGUCGGCAUCUUUGGCUACCUCGGCUCAUAUCAGACGGACUACCACUUCUAGUCUAUAUUGGUGGCUUGCCCAGCGCAUGGAGACCGAACCUGUCACCAAAUGAUAACAUUGAACGAGUCAGUGGACUUUUCGGAUGUGUGGAUGAAGUGAUUAUCAACGGUGUAGAAUUGCCUCCUACGCUUAGCGGUCGUCCACCAUGCUAUGAUUGCUUCAGCCUGGAUCCAAACAUUUAUCACGUGCCAGCAACUUUGGAUAAGUACUUGGAAAAGAACUUGAUCCCUCUGACCUUGCCCACAGUAUUCCAAGAUCCCGAUCUGGAAAAGUUAACUUUUGACUUCAGUUUCUUCUACGACCGACAGGAAUCCAUAAUCAACAGCCUGUUUAUGCUUGUAUUCAGUGACAAUGAAGACCUUAGCGUGGAACAUCGUGUUUGGAUCUACCUGACCAACAAUGAAGUUAAGAUGGUAGCCAGCCCAAGUGACGAGGAGCCACAAGAUCAAGGACAUUCGGUGACGCUACCCAAUCUGCCACGUUCACGGAACACAUGGCAUUUCAUCAAGCUUGAAAUGUUAUUCCUGGGACCUACCAAGGUGUUCUUGCUCAGGUCAAAGGGUGAACAAAGCCUGCCACUGAUGAUGUUGCAACCGAUGCGUAAUCUGAAGGCAAUCUAUUUCGGUCAGGACAUGGUAAUCAAACCAAAGUUACUCGGACCGAAGUUACAUAGCACUCCUGGAAGACCGUUCGUGGGCUGCUUCCGGGAUAUUCGUUUGCGAACCAACCUCGACGUGGCCACCUUGCGCUUCCCAGCUAAUAUUCCCGGUCUUUUGGAAGGCGUGUGCCACACAUCAUCUGUCUGGUGAACACAUCACUAUGCAGGAGUAGAUUUAGAUUGCAGUACAAAAUUAGAAUUUCGAAUAACUCGCUUUGCUUUGUAGCCUCAUCGAUAGUUCUUUUUGAAAAAUUAAUAUCACAUUCCAG